CUUCCGGGAAAAAUUACAUGAAAGUGAGGCCUUAGACAGAGAAAGUUCUCCCAAGCGGAUAUGAAUGGUUGCAAGGAGUUAACCUUUUCUAUAACAACAAACUGGAAUGGGGAUCCAGUGGAUCACAGCCCAGUGGUGUUUAGAGUUGGUGCAGCAGAUGGGACCUCAGUCAGGGUUGAUGUGAGUGGACCUUUAUUUAACGACCCUGGACCCCCAGCAGUGGCCUCAGGAGGUCCCUGUCCAGAACUGUGGGAAUAUGAAGUGGCUGAAAUUUUCUUCCUCGGAGAUAAGGAGAAAUAUUUGGAGGUUGAGUUGUGCCCUUUGCACCAGGAUAAACUUGCCCUUAGCUAUACUGCUAAUACUGAUGAUAUAAACAAAACAUGGAAAGGAAGAGCCAUUAUACCAUUAGAGUACUUCCCUCCUGAUGUGACAAAGAUUAAUGCAUAUGCCAUCCAUGGGUCAGGGAAUGGAAGACAGUACGAGGCUCUUCAUCCAGCUUCCAAGGAGUUUCACACACCUGACUUCCAUCGGCUUCAGUUUUUCAAGGAAUUUGAUUUCAAGGCAUUGUUUCCAACAUCCUGGAUACAACCUGAAUCCACACACUGGACUAAUAUUUGAAAAUAGCUCUUUAUUUUAUUUACAAUUGGGGAGAUAUAAAGGAAAUUUAUCUUCACUUUUCAAUGUGAAGAAACGUUAAAGAAGACUAAAUUUAUCAAAAAUGUUUUGAUGAUUGAAACACCCAGAAUGAUACUAACAGUCUAUUUGAUUGUUAAGGAAAACUCUUUUUUUAUCACUAUUUAUUCUUUGGUAAAAUACAACAAAGCAGUAAAAACCAACUCUGAAAUACAACAUCAGUAAAUUAUGAAUAACAUGGAUUACUGUGAAACUCAGCAAUUUGUUAACCCAGGAAUAUUCACCUAAAUGUUAUAAUUUUGUUCCAAGAAAUAAUCAAUUUGCCAUGAGAGAACCAAACCACACAAAUGGUGAUUAAAAUUUGAAACUUGAAA